AUGUCAAACUCAUCCUAUAUUUCUUCAUUUUUCUUGUCUGCUUAUGGAGAUUUAACUAAUCUGAAUUAUUUGUAUUUUUCUAUUGUAUUGGUUUUGUACCUUCUGAUCAUAGCUCUCAACUUAAUGUUUAUUGUUGUUGUAUAUUUAGAGAGAGAACUUCAUCAGCCAAUGUAUAUUUUUAUGUGCAAUCUGUCAUGUAACGAAUUGUAUGGAAGCACUGCCUUGUGCCCAUUUCUUUUAAAAAAUAUACUAUCGGAAACUCAUGAAAUUUCUCGUGUAAGCUGUUUAGCACAGAUUUUUUGUUUUUACUCAUAUGGAGCAUUUGAAUUUACCAUUUUAACAGUAAUGAGCUAUGACAGGUUUGUAUCAAUUUGUUAUCCAUUACAGUACCCUGUCAUUAUGUCCCCGUUCAAAAUGUGUACACUAUUUAUCUUAAUAUAUGUGUAUAACAUCUUUAAGGUAAUUAUAACAUUAUCAUUAUCUAGUAGUCUGCAGCUGUGUGGAAACAUCAUUGAAAAAAUAUACUGUGAUAACUAUUCAGUAGUCAAAUUAGCAUGCACUGAUACUACAUCUUUAAACAUAUAUUAUCUUAUAAAUCUUGCCGUUACUCUUUUUACUCAAGUGCUUUUGAUUAUUUGCUCUUAUGUGAGAAUAUUCCAAGUGUGCAUAAAAGCAUCAAAGAAUUCUCAAGCAAAGGCUAUCGCCACUUGCACUCCACAGUUGCUGAUUGUAUUUAACUUUGGAAUUGCUUCUUCUUUUGAAAUGAUUCAGAGUCGAUUCAAUAUGAAACACCUACCUACAAUGCCACUAACAUUGACUUUACUCAGUAGUGAUGGCGAAAAACACCCUUUAGAAAGUUCAGUGGUGAAAGGAAAUCCCAACAUCCAUCAGCAUCACAAAUUUCUCAAUGAGGCCUAUAAAAAGCAAAGGCUGACAAUUCUGGAGAUGCACCUUUCCUCGGAAUAG